GCGGGGACAAUACAUUGCAUUUGGGAAGCUGUGAAUCUGUGCGCGAAUUAUGGAGUGAACAAGCAGUUUGGGCAACAGAGCUUAAAUCAGAGGAUUUUCAACAAGGAUAAUUAUAUACUGAGUGGAGUUUUGUCGUGACGAUCGCACUGCCGCUCUUGAUGCUGCGUAGCUCCAGAGAAGUGCAUGUCUUUCGACCUUUUGAUCAACGUAGGCGCUGCGUGAAGGUUUCAAUAACAGCAGCCGAGUGGCAGUGAGCUGCGAGUGAUAUAGCCGAAGUUCAAGGUUUUUCAUGCCAACGGAUUGACGACUUAAAAAAACACUGCCGUUCUCGGUCCCACCCGAGUGAAGGCGGACAAACAUGAAGACUGUGUGGCUACCUUGUGUUAUUUUUGCCCAGUUGGGCUUCAUUUUGGGUUCUUUGGCAACGCGGACAUGUACUCCAACGUCACCAUUUGAAUCUCAGUACUUGACACCAAUGUGUAGACAAUAUUUGGUAGGUAGUGGAUGUUAUAGUAGUUCAGUUACAACAUUGCAACAGGAAGUUCACACUAUUCACGUGAAGAAUGAGGACAAUUUACAAAGGGCUGAAAUAAGUCUUCAAAUUCGGCCGGCGGCCGAUACUGGAGUUUAUGACAAACAAUUAGUUUUUGUGUUGAGUUCCGAAAUACCAGUGGAAUGGAAAGUGGAAUUGCUGCGAUUGUCGCUGGACUUCGAAAUCAUAUUUCAUGUGACUCGUGGAUCUGAUGUAAAUUAUUCUGAAGAUAGAACGAUAACCGUGAUCAAAAAACGACACAUGCCAACCGUUAAUGAUAAGUUGGUAAGGUGGAUCAGAAGGAAAUACCAUGCCUUGACAUCGUUCACCGAAAUACAGAAAGCCAACAAGAUUACUUUGCGGGUUGGGGCCGAAACAAUGUUGUCUGAAAACUGCAACAUAAGAAGUAAUUUUUAUUCUCCCAAUGUGGUGGCAGAAUUUCUAAAGGUACAACCAGUGACAUCAGGCUGUGCUCCUCAUCCAGUCGGCUCUCGUGCGAUUCACAUUAUUGAAGCAAAUGAUAGUUGCGUUGAUGGUGAUACUAUCAAUCUGCAUGUAGAGUCUCAGGGACGAGAAAUGUAUUCUAACAACGUCAUGAUAAUCAUAAAAAGUAACGUCAACACCAAUUGGCGAGUUACUUCGGAAAACUUCACUGGAUCAUUGCACAUAAUUACCAAUGUGGAUAAGAUGAUGUUGGAUGAUUCACCAUGGCAACCAGAUUCAUCCUAUGAACAAACAGCAUUGGAAUCUGGAGCUAAGCUUAUUCGUUGGGCAGAGAAGGAACAUGGACCUGUCAACUCAUUCACUGAAACCAAUAAUGCUAAUUUGUUGCGCUUACAACUGAAGGAAGACAUUGUGGCUUUACCAGCAUCCGAAACACUGAUGCCUGAAAUGAUUCCAAAAAGUCCAUUAGAUGGAGAUUUUAAUGCAUCUGAUUUAAUGAGGUCCUUUACUAAGGAAUGCCGUGAUGAUGGUAUCAAUGUAGCUUUGCAGAAGGAUGUUCUUGAGUUGUUUGAUGUGCGAUUUUUAAGUCUGUCAUUUUUGGAUCAUAAUUGCAAAGCAGAAUCAAAUGAAACUCAUUUCAUAUUGAGUACGCAAUUCAUCAACUGUGGCACGAAGAAAGACAUCAGAGACAAUAGAGUAGUCUUUAAAAAUGCAAUUGUAAUAUCAGAUGGCGAGUUCACUAUUGAAGGCAGUGGCUGGGAUUUUUCUGAUGGGUCUGCAUCCGGUGAAAUUCUUACAGAUGAUGAAGACAUGCAGAUUCUAAAAAUAGAAUUCUCCUGUGAUUAUACGACAGGUCCGCUACAACCAGUCGCGACCAGAAAACCACCAUUGUCAUUUGAAAUAACCAACUACACGCUUAAACUGUUUGAUAAAUACUUCUACGAGCAGCCGCAUACCGAAUUCCCUUGGUUGAUUGAAGAAGACACUCGUAUAUAUGCACAAGUGGGACUGGAGGGUGCAUUGGAUUUAACAUUUGGUGUUGUUCCAUAUGGUUGUUGGCUUUCGCCUACUGCUGAAAAUACGAGGGAUGUUGUAACAAAUGAGCUGAUUACAAAUGGGUGUGCUUCUGAUUCAUCUGUCCUUAUUGAAGAGUUCAUCCCAAAUGAUAUCAUAGGAACGUUACCGGGAUCACAGAAGAUGCCUGGUUUAUCGGUUCAGCUUUGAGUUAACAUCUAAGUCUGCCACAUAUCUGCACUGUGAUAUCACAUCAUGCAUCAAUGACAGACAAGAUAAACGGUUUCCCCAGUGUGGUGAACUACAAAAUUGUUUGUCCGACACCGUGCACAGAUAUAUCGGGACAUUUCAGAUAAAAAGUAACAUCUCAAAUUGUUGGUCAAAUACCAAAUCCAGAUAUCCCAGAGCAAAUUUCAGUCGAACCACCACUUCUUGGAGAAAGUAAACAACAACCAAGCCAACAAAUUAUAAUUGGUUUGGAGACUGGGGCUGUAGUUGGGAUCGCAUUUGCUGCAUUUGUGAUUGGAGUUCUGCUGACAGCAGCACUGUGGUACAUCCAUACCCAUACAGGGCCAGUGAAUCGCAAAGAAACACAACGUGGACAGGAACUGCAGCAACAACAACAACAACAGCAGCAGCCACUAAACCCAUCUUCACAGUAUGGAAAUACACAAGGAGUCACAGUUAACGGCCACAUCGCGAAUGGCACUCUCCACUCGUAUCCAUACCCAUCAUCAUUAACGACACCGAUGUCUGCAAUGUCAGCGUAAAUCUUUAGAUGACAGGAAAACUAGAAUUAUUUUUAAUUUUGUUCCAGUUUUUCAUUCAGGUAUACUGUCUCAGUGAAUAUAUACCUAGUCCUGGGUAUUGUAAGCAGAGUAAUUUUUAAGUGCAGGUUCAACACACUGGUACUACACGUUCCUGCAGAGACUCAGUCAGGGUUGUUUUUUAUAUUUUACAUCAAGUAAAGUUGAUGUGCCAAACUGUACAGAAAAGGAUUGAACUGUUGUGUAGUAAUGUUGGUGUAAUAUAUUUACAUGUCCUUGGAAUUUCCAUUGUAAGGUCAGCACCACUGAAUGAGCAGAUCAUUGAUGUAAUGGUAUUUCAACUGUUAUAAUAUUU